AUUUGCACAUAGCUUUGGCUCAGCAGCGCCUUGCCUACUACGUCAUUUACUUGCAGGUGAAUCAAGUACAGUGGCUUCAGUUCAGUGAAACUUCGCGUGAAAUGAGUAAACUGCCAUCAGCUGGCUUGGCUUGCUUAGACAACUGCAAAAACAACUGAAAAGCGCAUCCGUUCCCUCCCAUUUCCGCGCCCCUUUUCCAGCCAGCCCAGCUCAUGAUUGGCCCGUCCCGUCUCCCCGCCUGAGAUCGACGGUUCCCGGCACUCCCGCGCCGCGAUCCCUCCUCACACGGUCGGCGUGAGCGAGAGUCUCGAGACGCCUCACACGAAACGGCUCCCCGAACCGAACCCUCGCGCGGCGCAGGCGGCCCGGGCAGAUAGCCGGCGCUUUGCUCGCGCCCCGGCACAUAAAUCCUCCUGCCCUGGCCUCCAUCCAGGCGUCGCCCGAGCCACCCACCUGGUGCGGCGUGCUCGUACUCGUAGCCGUAGCCGCCUACUAUCUGCUACGCGAUCUCGAGCGGAGGUCGCCUACCUCCUGCUGCAAUGAUGGUGCGUACGCCGCCGCACAAUGUCGCCGUCGACCAGGUCGAUGAGCAUGAGCCUGAGAGGUUUCUGCCGCGGCUGCAAUGACGUGACGUUUUUUUACCUGUAUGCUGGUUGGAAUUUGGCGCAGGCGCUGACGGAGCGGCAGCCGCAGCUGGAGAAGACGAAGGCGCUGCGGGCGAGGGCGCCGCUGUCGAGGAAGGCCGUCGCGGCGCUGUGCGUCGCGAGCUUCGUCGCGGGGCUGCUGCUCAGCGGCAGGGUGCCGCUGGUGCCGGCGUCGGCGGCGGACGCGGCCGGGGACGGCGGCGCCAAGCAGGGCGUUCGUGUGUCUGGCUGCGGCGGCAACAAGCGUAAACUAGGAGAGAGCCAUCCCAAGGAUCUCCUGAACGAGGUGUCGAGGACUCACCAAGCGAUUCAGUCGCUGGACAAGGCGGUGUCCACCCUGGAGAUGGAGCUGGCCGUGGAGCGCGCGAGGAGCGGCGGCGGCGGCACUGCCGUGGCAACCAAGCCGCCCCAGAAGGCCCGCGUCGUGAUCGGCAUCAACACGGCCUUCACCAGCCGGAAGCGGCGCGACUCGCUCCGCGACACCUGGGUCCCCAGAGGGGAGAAGCUGAGGAAGCUGGAGACGGAGAAGGGGAUCGUGGUUCGGUUCGUGAUCGGGCACAGCGGCGCGCCGGGCGGCGGGGCGCUGGACCGCGCGCUGGACGCGGAGGAGGCGGAGACCCGGGACUUCCUGCGGCUGGACCACGCCGAGGGCUACCACGAGCUGUCGUCCAAGACCAGGAUCUACUUCACCACCGCCGUCGCCACCUGGGACGCCGACUUCUACGUCAAGGUCGACGACGACGUCCACCUCAACCUCGGGAUGCUGUCGAGCAGGCUGGCGAAGCACAGGACGCGGCCGAGGGUGUACGUCGGCUGCAUGAAGUCCGGCCCAGUUCUUUCUCAAAAGGGAGUGAAGUACCACGAGCCGGAGUACUGGAAGUUCGGGGACGAGGGCAACAAGUACUUCCGCCACGCCACCGGCCAGAUCUACGCCAUCUCCAAGGACCUCGCCGCCUACAUCUCCAUCAACCAGCCGAUCCUGCACAGGUUCGCGAACGAGGACGUCUCGCUCGGCGCGUGGCUGAUCGGGCUCGAGGUCGAGCACGUCGACGACCGGAGCAUGUGCUGCGCCACGCCGCCAGAUUGCGAGUGGAAGAAGCGAGCCGGGAACGUGUGCGUGGCGUCCUUCGACUGGUCCUGCAGCGGCGUCUGCAAGUCGGUGGACAGGAUGCGGCACAUCCACAAGGCCUGCGGCGAGGGCGAAGGGGCCGUCUGGAACGUCGCCAUGUGAUGGGCUAGCUGCUGACCGGCCAUCUCGUCGAAACCGUUGUUUGUGUGUGGAUCUUCACUUGCUUUGCUUGGCGUCCAAUUUGUGGAAAAUGAGAAGGCGAGGGGGAGAGCUUGGGAAAGCCGCUGUUUAGCAUGAACACCCUGUAUGGCAAGUAUGGCCGUUUUGGUUUGAGACGCCAUGAUGUGAUUCACGUUAGAGUCCAUGGAUUGAUGUGUGAGUGUUCUUGCUGAAGCAGAAGGAAAUGGAAUGAAUGCUGUU